AUGCCCGAUCCGCAAAACAGCCAGGUACAACUGUCCGAGAUAGCAUCCAAGAUCCGCGAUACGAUGAAGGAGUUUACGCCCGAGGCUGUGGGGGCUAUGCUGCAUGAUGCUGCGCAUGAGGUCUCGCCGCAGAGGCUUUGGCAGGGGUUUUUGGGAAGGGGGCAUACGCUUGUUACUUCGUGGUUGAGGUUGGGGCUGUAUGAUGUUUCUUUUUGUGGUGGUAGUGGUAGUGUGCCGAGGGUUGAUGGGUGUUUGCAGAUUACGGAUGAUGCUUUUGGUGAUGGGGGGAUGGAUGUUGCUGUUUAUCUUGAUGAGGGGGAUAUGGGGAGGUUACUUGGUGAUUCAUUGUUGUGA